AUGACGUCUUCGCCAGCUUUACUCGGGCGAGUGAGGCCUCGGCUCGUGGCAGGUACCGCCCUAUUGAUUUUAGGUGUCGCGCAGAGGGCAUGCGCGUACCGUGUCGUCCAACGAGCGGAUAACCGCCUGGAGUACGAGACAGAUGGAAAACGUUUCGUUCAAAAUGAGUCCACCUCAUUCCAUCACGCACCAGAGGUUCCCCCGCUAGAAACCGUGGAAGAGAGCACGGCCUUCCACCUAGCGGAAGAGCCCACGCACACCGAUCACGAAGAGGAGGCUAUGGCGGCUCACCAGGAAGACGAGGACGUGGGCGGCGGUCGCUACGAAGACCAGGCGGAACUUGUCCAUGCAGACGGGGAUGCAACCGACCAUGGAGAAGAGGAGGCAGCAGCCGCUCAUGAAACGGAGGAGGCUCGAAGUGAUCUUAAGGAAGAGGAGGCUGAAACCGAUCACGAGAAGGAGGCAGCACCAAGUGACCAUGAGGAAGAGCAGGCUGAAACCGAUCAUGAAGACGGGGCAACGAUACCCCACGCCGGAGCUGGCAAAGGGCUCGAAGGCAUUGAGGAAAGUGGGACAGAGCGACCGAGCACCGCUCUCGAGUCUGGUAUAAGUCCGGCAGGUCUGCCGCCUGUGUUUUGUCACAAUUUCCAGUCUGAUCACGCUAACGCCCUUCAGGGUUUGUCUAUUCAAACAAGUGGAAACGGUUCAGGUUAG